AAUUUUUGUCCACUUUUAUUUGCAGAAUAGCUGAAGUUCAGUCAGAGCUCAAGUCUUUCUACAGAUUCUUAUUGUUGUUUAGUUCUGGACUUUGACUGAGCCAUUCUAACACGUAAAUAUGAUUUGAUCUAAACCAGUUAUCCUGCUGGAGGGUUACACUUUGUCCCAAUCUCAGAUUUUUUCCAACCUCCAACACGUUUCCUUCUGUGAUUGUCUUCAAUUUGACUCCAUUCAUUACUUUUAUCAGUGAUUUUUCUUCAGUAAUGGCUCCUCUCUGUUUUUUUCACGUGUUCAGCUAAUGGAUGUCAUGCUGAGAGAUUCCUGCAGAGUUUCUUUGGUUAAUGCUUCAGACGGACAGCCAUGUCCUGGUGGGUUUCUGUUAACCUCUCUUUCCAUUUUUACAGGAUAGUGAAAUAUUUAAAGCUUGAAAUAUUGUUUUACAACUUAACUCGUCUUUAAACGUCUCCAUAGAUUUCUCCCUGACUUUUCUGCUGUGUUCUUUGGUCUUCAUGAUGCUGUUUGCUCAUAAAUACUCUCUAAAACCCCUCUGAGCCCUUCACAGAACAGCUGUAUUCAUACUCGGAUUAAAUUACAAGCAGGUGGACUUUAUUUGGUUAAGAGGCCUGUUUCAUUCAGCUGAUUGCUUUGAAUAUUAAUUAGAGGUAAAAGGGGAAAACAAACACAGAUCAUACUUUUCAGAUUUUUACUUAACAAAAUGAGAGGAAAAUGUGAAAGAAAUUGCUUAAAUUUCUAUCACUAGUACAUUACAUUAACACAACUACUUGGAUUUUAUUCUACGUACUCAUAUUUAAGCUUUAGUAAAUAUUCUGGUAUGAAUUUUGUAAAUAUUCUGAUAAAAUGUUGCAGAAAGUCUUAUGCUAGGGGUUAAAAUGUCGAUAACACACCAUAACUGCAGCUGUAUACACAACUUUAGAAGUACCAUGUUGAAAAAUUUGUUACUUUUAUGCUGCAAAUCAAGUUAUUGUUGGAUGUGAAACUUGUUAUGCUACAAAUAAUUUUGUAUGCAAGCCAAAAAGUUCAAAUUUUCUAUAUAUUCUGAUAAAAUGUAGCAGAAAAUAUGAUGUUUGGGGUUUGGAACUGCAGCUAUCGACAAUUUUAGAAAGAAGUGCUACAUAGAAAAAUUUAAAAAAGCAUUUCACUUUCAGAAUAAUUCAUUCUACAAAUAAAAUAUUCUGACACAUACAACUGAAAUUCCUCCAAAUUAACAUGGAUAUGCACAAAGAAAAACUACAAUUCCUUCGAUUUCUCGUAUAAUCUGGAGUAAUUCCUGCAGGAUUUUGAGGAAUUGCUCUCGCUGGCUCAGAUUAACUUCUCAUUGUGACAGUUCAUCGGGAAAAUAUGGUGGCUGUUAGCAAAACAAACCCCCCAUCAGGGAGGAGCAGCGGCUGGGGGGGCUGUCGGCAGCAGCGCUAUGGGAGAAUGGAGAGGACAAUCAAAGGCUGUUAUUUUAAUCUGUCCUGCCUCGGAGAUUAGCCCUCCACAUUGUCUCAAUUGUUUUAACUGGGGAGGGAAUGAAACGCUCCCUUAUUGGGCGAUCCUUGGCAUAAAUCUCUCAAGUUCAAUAGUUUCAAAAAACUUGAGCUCCCAGCUCCCCCCCUCUCUUCCCUCAUCCCACCUAAUCCCAGCUAAUACCUUCCUUUCCAUUGGCUAAUGGCUGAAGGGAGCCUGGGUGAAGGCGUCUUAAAUAGUCCGGGGUGAGAAUGGUUUCAGGGAAGGAGAUUCAUGAAGCUGCAGGAAAAGAAGCUGCUGCUGCUGCUGCCUGAGGAUUUAUUUGGGCCUGAAUUGGACUGGAGGCUGACUUCUGACUGGAGAAACUCCACUGAUCUGGACCUCAGAGUCGCGAUGAACUCCUUAAGUUUCUACGGAACCACGGGCAGUGGCGUGUAUCCCGUCCACGGUGUGAACUCGGUGCUGUUCGACCUCCGCCACCAGGUGGCGCAGCGGUACCAGGCUUACCCCGCUGCUGCAGCUCCUGCGGCGCACACCUUCUCUGUGGCGGAGAGGCUCGCAGAGCUGAUCCUGGAGGCUCGCUAUGGCAACCAGCAGAAGCAGCGACGCAGCCGCACCGCAUUCACAGUGCCGCAGCUGCAGGCUCUGGAGGAGGCCUUCCAGCAGACGCAGUACCCGGAUGUCAGCAUGAGGGAGAGGCUGGCCAUGUGCAUCAACCUGCCUGAGGCGCGCAUUCAGGUGUGGUUCAAAAACAGGAGGGCAAAGUACCGUAAAGGCCAGAGAAGCUCCUCUCUUCCACGGGAUUCCUGUCUGGACGAAACUCUGCGGAGCAGCAAAAAGUCACCGGAUGAAGUGAAGACAGAAGACAAACAGGACGUCAUCACAUCACACGCUGAAAGCCAAGCUUCUUCGCGUUUCUGUCCUCCGUUCACUCCCACCGUGGAUAAAACCCAGGAUGCUAACUCUGAUGUGUCGCCGUUUGCUCCUUCACUGCCGUCCGCGCCACUUCUCUCCUUCUCGGCUGCAGAUCGUUUCUGUCGCCCGCCUCAGCAGCCGCUUCUGUCCGCUGAGUUUCCACUUCCUCCGCUGUUCUGGCCGCUCAUACAUCAGCACUUCUCCACCUCAGGGAAUCCUUCAUCUGCUACCAAAAAUGGCAGCCCCGCUCUUCAGACUACUUGCUCCACUAAAGUGUUGGGCCACCGCAACCUGUAGCAUUCAAACCCUCUGAACUCAUCUUGAAUUUGAUCCAUUUCACCUUGAAAUUACCAUCCAGUCUUCACUCAGAUUGGUUGAAGAACAUCUGUGAACAUAAUCUUUUAUGUUCUCAUUUGGAUUUAAGUCUGGACUUUGACUAGGCCAUUGCAACAAAUGCAUAUACUUUGACUUAAAUGAUUCCUUUGUUACUCUGGCUGUAUGUUUAGCCCAGAUGUCUGCAACCUGAGCCUCCAGAGACGCAAGUAGCUAUUUGGCUCUUUGCUAACUGAGGAGUUUAAAUAUAAGUACAAAUGCAGGUUUUAGCAUAUUUUUAUGAAAUUAUUUUACUGAAUUUCCACAACA